AUGGCUGUUACAUAUUCCAGCAAUCUCCCUCCCUCCCGCAACCAGACCCUCCCAUCCUUUCGCGAACUUCUCCCCCCGCAUCUGCACGAAGAAAUCGAACGUAGCUCAGAUGCCUCAUUCAAGACCAGUUCCGCCCGCAGUUCGGGUCACCGGGGCCAACCACUGCCGUUGCCAUCCGGAGAGAUGCGCCAGAUGCACCCUUCAGGCACCUCGACUCCCACCCCCGCCUUUUCUUCUCGAGGUCCCAGUCCGAUUUUACCACCGCUGAGAGACUUACAAUCAGCCUCGGGUCGGCACCUUGACCGUCCGAUGAGUGCUUAUGAUAAUGCCCCUCGAUCUGGGAGGCCGGGACAGGAGGCAGCUUAUGGCGCUCGCGUCAGCAUGGAAGAUGACCGAUUUCGUUCGGCUCCCUACGGGGGUGGCAGCGGCACGACACCCGCCAUGUAUAGUCAAACUGCGUAUGACGGUGCCCGACAUGGCCAUUAUCCGGCUUCCUAUAGCAGCGAGUCUGAGUACUCGCCCAUGACCCACAACCACACAUUACCAGCGUCCACGUUUGGUGUUAUUGGCGAUUCUCUAGACUCACGGGGGAAGAGGAGAAGAGGCAACUUGCCCAAGCCGGUGACAGACAUUCUGCGCGCUUGGUUCCACGAGCAUCUCGAUCAUCCGUAUCCGACCGAAGAGGACAAGCAGAUUUUCAUGUCCCGAACUGGUCUUUCCAUCAGCCAGAUUAGCAACUGGUUUAUCAAUGCGAGACGGCGACAACUGCCGGCUCUACGCAAUCAGAUUCGCAACAGCGACGACCAGCACCGAGGUGGGUCGCCGAUGAGCGACGCCGACGUGGGUAUGUCUUCCCCGGGCUCGACCGCUUCUCCAACACAUCCGAGACACGGUUGA